UUAAAAUAAGCGAGUCAAAUACAUAACCUUGGUGUAAUCAACAAACUGCAUUUUUUUGUAUCAUUAUUUACUCUGACGUAUUUAAUUAGUCAUAUUCAUGCUUAUUUUGAAUACACUUUCCAUUCUCCUUCAAGUGGCAUUCAUAGUGUGUAUGACCUUAGUGUCUAUGAACAUUCUUCGAUAUUUUACUGGACCUCUUCGAAAAAUGUCUGUGAUCGCUCCAGCGCUGUUCGUAAACCACGGUGGGGGACCUUUACCACUUCUCGGGGACAAGGACCAUGCAGAACUCACGAAACAUUUGCGUGACGAUGUGAAAAAGUACCUAGAUUUGUCUACCACAAAGGCCAUCAUUCUAGUUACUGCCCAUUGGGAAGAAGAGAGUGUGACUAUAUCUUCAGGUAAAAAACACAGUUUAUACUUCGAUUAUUACGGUUUCCCAGCCGAAUCGUACAAAUACAAGUACGAUGCUCCUGGUGACCCGAACUUAGCUGCUCAUAUUCAAGCAGCGUUACAAAAAUCCAACAUAAAGUCCAAACUUGAUCCAGUUAGAGGCUGGGACCAUGGAGUUUUCGUUCCUAUGAUGCUUAUAAACCCUUCGGCAGACAUUCCUAUAAUACAAGUGUCCGUACUAAGCAGCCAGGAUCCUGAAGAACAUUAUAAAUUGGGGGAAGUCUUAUAUCAGUUCCGGAAAGAAGGAGUGGCUGUGAUGGGUUCCGGUAUGUCUUACCAUAACAUGAGAGAAUUUAUGUACGGACGCCACGGGAAAGUUGUGAACGAAGAGUUCGAUCAGUAUUUGUAUAAAGUUUGUACAGCCGAGGAUGAGGUGAAGAGAAAAGAGGGACUUAUAUCGUGGCGUGAGCAACCUGGAGCUACGGCUGCUCAUCCGAUGCAAGCUGCGGAACAUUUCAUGCCGUUGAUCGUAGUGGCAGGGGCGGGUGGGCCUAAAGCUGGUACGAGGGUCUUUAAGUGGGAUAUGAGCAAUUCGUUCAGGUUGAGUGGUUAUGUCUGGAAGGAAUAGGUAGGAUUUUAAGACACUAUUCACAAAUAGCUUUAAGAUGUAUUAAUAUGCAGAAAUAAUUGAAGUACAUUUAAAAAUAUUUGCAUUCUAUAAGUUUUUUACAAACGUUUUGGUGUUUAUGACAUGUUGAUACCAUAAAUUAGAGAAUUGAAUUGUUAGACUAAUUGAGAAAUAAACGUCCAGUAUACUCACAAACGCACCAGUAACAUAAUGUUUAUUUAUUUAUUAGGUAUAUCAACAGCUUACUGAUUUCAAUGUAACAUUAAAAACUUAACACUAAAGGAAAAUUUUAUUUAAACUAGAGCCGAAAAAUCGUUUGUUCCCGUUGAGUCACACCUUUUUGUGCUUUUAGGCGCGAUUGGUCCAAUUUGAAAUUGGGCCAAUCGUGAAAAAUUCACAAAUUCGUGAUUAGUCCAAUUCGCGAUUGGUCCAAUUCGCUAUUGAUCCAAUUCGCGAUUGGUGUAAUUCGCUAUUGGGCCAAUUCGCGAUUGGUGUAAUUCGCUAUUGGUCCAAUUCGAACACUAAAAAAAAACACUGUUACCCAUUGGUAAAAAAAUUACCGAUUAGUAACACUGUUUGUUACUCAAUGCCACAUUUUUUCUUCCCAUUGAGUGACAGUGUUUGUUUCAUGAAAUGCUACCAUGCUACUUGUUCAAUUGAUAUUUCGACUAUGAUUGUUGCAAUAGGGUGACCAUCAUAAAACACAUGUUGGACAAUACAAUGGGUAAAUUAGCCACACAACAGUUUUCUGUUGGAGGAGUUUUUGAUUGUUUUAAACUUUCAUGGUCACUAACAUUAGAAUAAUUAUUUUUUAAGGGAAAAUAAUUAUUCAAAUUUUGUUAUGGAAAAUCUUAUGUGAAUUAUGGUAACUAUUAUAAUUUAUUCAUGGUGUUGAAUCAUACAAUGAAAUGCAACAAGGUUGUGGGUUUUCCUCACAUUAAUCAUUUAUCUAUGUAUUGUUGUUGUUUAAGAGUUGGUUAGUAAUAAGGGGUAAAUAAAUUAUUUUUACAUUGCCAUGAAAA